CAAUAGCAUCAGAGUGAGAGGUCUUCCCUCGUGGUGCAUCUUUGCUUUAAGAAACGUGGCCUUAGUGGUUUACCGGCUGGGUCGCAUCUAUUCCACGAGUGACACGCAUGCGAUUCCGGCUUCGUCCUCCGUUUCUCGACCUGUUUUCUACACACUUUCAGCGCCAUCCACCUCCCCUGCCUUUACAGCUGCGAUCCCCGGUGAGAUAUGUCUGAGGUGGAAAAAGCAAGCACCUCGGCUCAGGAGACCGCCGCCGCGCUCAUGGAAGCCUUGAACGCCACUGACUCCAACGGGACGGACGCGUUCAACGCGACCGUCAAGUUCGUGGCCACGCCGGAGGGCACGGCACUGGCGUACGGCAGCCUGGUGCUCAUGGCUCUGGUGCCCAUCUUCUUCGGAGCUCUGCGCUCCGUGGCCUGCUCGAAGUCCAAGGAGCUCGGAGAAAAAGCGUGCGAGUCAGGCAUCCGAAACACUUCUGACAUGCCGGAGACCAUUACCAGCCGGGAUGCUGCCAGAUUCCCAAUCAUUGCCAGUUGUACUCUCUUUGGACUCUACCUUUUCUUCAAGGUGUUUUCUCAAGCAUACAUAAACCUGCUGCUGUCUGUCUACUUCUUUGUGCUUGGCGUGCUGGCGCUAUCCCACACGAUAAGUCCUCUUCUGUCCAGAGUCAUUCCCUCUUCUGUGCCAAACAAGCAGUACCAGCUGCUCUUCACGCAGGGCACUGGGGAGAACAAAGAAGAGAUCAUCAACUACGAGUUUGACACCAACAACCUGGUGUGUCUGCUUGCCAGCGGCGUGGUUGGCGUCUGGUACAUUCUCAAAAAGCAUUGGAUCGCCAACAAUCUCUUUGGCCUGGCGUUUGCUCUCAACGGGGUGGAACUUCUGCACCUGAACAAUGUCAGUACCGGAUGCAUCCUUCUAGGUGGACUGUUUGUCUACGAUAUCUUCUGGGUAUUUGGUACCAAUGUCAUGGUGACCGUCGCCAAGUCUUUUGAGGCGCCAAUUAAACUGGUUUUUCCUCAAGACUUAUUGGAGAAAGGUCUGGAUGCCAGCAACUUUGCGAUGCUCGGUCUCGGUGACAUUGUGAUCCCGGGUAUCUUCAUUGCGCUGCUGCUGCGGUUUGACGUCAGCCUGAAGAAGAACAGCAGGACAUAUUUCUGCUCCAGCUUCCUGGCCUACAUCUUCGGACUGGGCCUCACCAUCUUUGUUAUGCACACCUUCAAACAUGCACAGCCCGCUCUACUUUAUCUAGUGCCUGCCUGUGUGGGCUUCCCAGUUGUGGUGGCACUCAUCAAAGGAGAACUUACCGAGAUGUUCAGGUACGAGGAGUCCAUUGGGGAUGAGGGGCUAGCUAAAGAUGACUCGUCCGAACCACUGAAGAAAGACCAAUAACAUUCACUGAGCGCCCAUGCCUCGAAACACCCACAUUUUGCCAGCCUCCGCCCACCGCAUCCCAUUCAGCUGCUUCCUGCCAACACUUCCGACCACUUGGCAUUCUACACCCUUAUUGUCUGCAGGAGGGCGGGGACCCAGGAGCCCUCUUCCAUCAAUAAGUUGCAAGGAUGGGCAGAUGGGGGGGCAGGGACUUCUCACAAGCGAGGGGCACGGUCAUAAUCGGAUGAUGGGUAGAGGUGACAACAUACAUUUGACCUGGACGAUGCAUUCAGAACUCAAAAGGACGUUUUUGUUUUGGAAGUGAUUGAGAAAUUUAACACGAGCAUUCUUUUGUCUUUUAAUUCUUAUUCAUGUAUCCUUUAGACAACAACAAAAGCAGACAGGGUUGGGAUGUGCCUUUUCCACCCUAAUUAUUUUAUAAUCUUCAUGAUUAGUGACGAACCAAACAGUUUGUCUGAGCCUGUCAUGGAAAGAUAGGCUCCCAGUAGAAAUAUAUUCCAUAUGUAGAUUGUUAUAAAUAUCCUAAAAUUGCCUUCAAAGUACUGUCCUAGCAUUUGGUGUGAAAUAAUUCUUUAUUUUGAUCAUGAAACCUCAUUAUAAAAGCCCCUCGCCCUCAUCUGCGCACCUGCAUCUAAAUGCUAAUGGGACCGGGUUUGGCUGUCAUCAUGCGUCUUUUUCUGUUUGUUUUUUUAAGAUCCUUCUUGUUUUUAGGUGCAUUAGGGUAAAAUAAAGGGAGUUCUGAGAAGGUGCAAUGGGUAUUUCACAAUAAAACCGCAGUUCACAUCAGUGUGUUUUUUGUUGUUGUUUCUGUGCUUUGUGUUACGAUUGCUUAACGGACUUUUAGGAAGUGCUUAUUGUUUGGAACGGUACAUUUGCUCUCAUAAUCUGCUGCAUUUCCCUCAAGUUAUCAACGGUUCAUUCUCCAUUGUUGAUCCUUUUGUUUUUGCUCAAGUUUCCUUUUUUUAAUUUGAUGUUGAGAGGGGGGAAAAUGUAUGAAUAAUUAUCUUGCUUGUGUACAACUCCCUUUGGUUGAGGACUGCAUGUUUUUGGUGUUUGGCAAUGCAUAAAGAAGCAUACAUUUUA